CGAAUACGACGAUCCUUACCGCAUAGGUCGACGCCUGUGUAAUCAGCUGUAAUGGAUGACAGCACUCCUUACAUCAUCGGAACAAACCACAAAAACAAUAAUAUUUAAUAAACUGGCGCAUGCGCAAGAGAACCCGGUUAUUUGCCUGCCAUUUAGCCUUAAACCCUACCCUAGGACUGAUUUCUUAAAGCUCUCGCUCAGCCUGGCCCGAUUCAAGCUACCCCUCCAACAUUGAACAUUCCUGUGCCAAAUACCCGGGGUUAACUAUCUAGGCUGUAGGGUAUAGACAUCGACUGUGUGUCUUUGGAUCAGCCGCAAUGGCGUCGACCGGCGGACCGCUGUACAUCGGCUUUGACCUCUCCACGCAGCAGCUCAAGGGGCUGGUGGUGUCGUCAGACCUGAAGGUGGAAUACGAAGCCAAAUUCGACUUUGACGCACACUCGCACGGCUUCCAGAUCAAAAAAGGUGUGAUGACCAAUGAAGCUGCGCACGAGGUGUUUGCGCCCGUGGCCCUGUGGCUGCAGGCGCUGGACUGGGUGUUGAAGACGCUGCAGGACCAGGGUCUUGACUUUCGGCGUGUGAAGGGUGUGAGUGCUGCGGGCCAGCAGCAUGGCAGUGUGUACUGGAGUCAUGAUGCGGGGAGGUUGUUGGCUGGGUUGGAUAGGAAUAGGACUCUGCAGGACCAGCUCGAUGCGGCCUUCUCGCACCCGUAUAGUCCCAACUGGCAGGAUGCGAGCACGCAGAAGGAGUGCGAUGAGUUUGAUGCGUAUUUGGGCGGGCCCGGCGUGUUGGCCGAGGUGACGGGGAGCAAGGCACAUCAUCGAUUUACAGGUCCUCAGAUUCUUCGCUUUCAGAGAAAAUAUCCCACGCAGUACAGGAAGACAUCUCGGAUCUCGCUGGUGUCGUCCUUCAUUGCCUCGCUGUUUCUGGGAUCAAUUGCACCCUUCGAUAUUUCAGAUGUCUGUGGGAUGAAUUUAUGGAAUAUCAGACAAGGUGCAUGGGAUGAUCGCUUGCUGAAGCUAUGUGCGGGUACUUUCGGGGUAGAAGAUUUGAAGCAGAAGCUUGGAGAUGUGCCCGAAGACGGAGGCAUUCACCUGGGCAAGAUUCACAAAUACUUUGUGGAACGUUACUCCUUCAACCCAGACUGCACGAUCAUUCCUUCUACGGGAGACAACCCAUCUACGAUUCUCGCGCUUCCUUUGAAGCCAUCGGAUGCGAUGGUUUCGCUGGGAACGUCAACUACGUUCUUGAUGUCGACUCCAAGCUACAAACCAGACCCCGCCACCCAUUUUUUCAACCACCCGACGACGCCGGGGUUAUACAUGUUCAUGCUGUGCUAUAAGAAUGGCGGGCUUGCGCGAGAGCAUGUGCUGGAUGCGAUUGACAAGACGGUUGAAGGAAACGCGGCGGCGGACGGAGGGCCGUGGGCUAAUUUCGACAAGGCGCUCUUGGAAGCACCAGCGAUGGGUCAGAAAACAAAAACUGACGUGAUGAAGAUGGGUCUUUUCUUCCCGCGCCCUGAAAUUGUCCCGAACCUACCAUCUGGCCAGUGGCGGUUCAACUACAGCCCUGAAACCCAGACCCUCACAGAGACGACUUCAGGCUGGAACCAGCCUCUGGACGAGGCUCGCGCCAUUGUGGAAAGCCAAUUCCUUUCGCUCCGACUUCGGUCACGAGGACUGACUACGUCUCCAGCCGAAGGUCUUCCAGCUCAACCCAAACGUGUAUACCUUGUUGGCGGAGGGUCCCGAAAUAAGGCUAUUGCUAAAGUGGCAGGCGAGAUACUGGGCGGUCACGAUGGCGUGUACAAGCUCGACGUCGGGGAGAACGCAUGCGCGCUGGGAGCCGCAUACAAGGCUGUUUGGGCCAUUGAGCGACAGCCAGACCAGACAUUCGAGGAUUUGAUCGGCAAGCGAUGGCGUGAAGAAGACUUUGUAGAGAAGAUUGCCGACGGCUACCAGCCUGACAGAUUCGAGCAGUACGGAGUCGCCGUGGAGGCGUUCGAUCGCAUGGAGAAGCAGGUUGUGCAAAAGGAAUCUCGUUAGAUAAAUGCUCAUUCGCCGUUCUGGGCUGUGGCAUGAUUUGUUAGUUUGGGAUAGAGCUAAUGUAAGACUUUAUGUCGUACUUUAAGCGCCUGAUAAAUGACGU